GAACGGAAUCUUACAAGAAAAUGCAUAUAAUGAGGUCAAGAAGAAGAAGAAAUCAGAGAUAAGGGUGGGUGAAGAUGAGGCGAAUAAUAGUGAGCAGCAACACAUGGGCUCUGUGUAUGCGAAGCUUCACUACUACCCAUAGAAGGGUUUGGAGUAAUGCUACUGUUUUCCACAACAGAUUUACACAUACAUUUCCAAAGGGAAACAAUGAUAAAGUUACUCACAGCUUAAAAGGAAGGGAAAAUCUGCAAUUGGAUGUCAAUCUGGUGGAGAACACUAACAAAGAGUUUAAGAAGGCGUCAAAAGGUGGUACCCAAAGGUUUUCAACUGCUGCUGUUAUGAGUGUGAAACCUCCAGACCCUCCAGGCCCAAAUACAGGUGAUGGCCCACAUCAUAAUUAGAUACCAGAUUUUGGUAUACAAGAGGAGCAUAAAGCAAAUAGGAAAAGUAUGGCAAAUUUAUGCAUAGAUUAGGGGUAGUGAAAAUGUUGUGUUUGAAGUGCCCAGAGAAAUAAAAGUUGUACUAGUGGCUUGCUUUGUUUGUAUGAGAUGUUUUUACUGUAUCAGAAAAAGAUCCUAAUAUGAUAAUAUGGUUACAAUA